AACCGAAUACCAAUAAAAUUGUAUGCGUUGACAAAUAUUCACCUGGCAUCCCGAUAAAACUUUUGCUUUUGUUGAGGAAUCACAUACGAAUUUAAUUUAGGAAGCAACAAUUCUAUUGUAUUUCUAGAUUCAAUGUUUUGAAAAUUUGUGUAUUUGGCUUAUAAAAGUGGUACAAAUUACCGUGAAUAACUAUGUCGGCGUAUCAUCGCAAUUUACAAUAUCUGCAACAACAGUUUUCAGCUUUGCUACACAAUACUUCGCCUGUCAUUACACUUAUCUGUGUGGUCACUGGAUUUGGUUACCUGCUUUCGUUCUCUGAAACCGCUGUGCGGGUGUUGAGCGUGACACCUGGUAAAAUUCUGCCAAAUGCCGAGUUCUGGAUAUGGACGGCUUUCACCUUUUGCUUCAUUGAAUUGCAUUGGUGGGAAGUGCUUGUUGAUGUUAUUACUGUGGGACUAUGUGGCAAAAUGUUGGAACCAUUAUGGGGACAAUUAGAAAUGUUCAAGUUUUUUGCACUUACCAAUUUCGGUGUUUCAAUACUUACAACCAUAUAUUAUCUGUUAUACUUUGUGGUAACUGAUAAUGAGAGUAUUCUCUUCGACGUACACAUUCAUGGCUUAGCUGGCUAUGUCGCCGGAAUAUGUGUUGCGGUCAGACAGAUAAUGCCCGAUCAUUUAAUUUUUAAAACUCGUUGGGGUAAAUUAACAAAUAGAAACGUGCCCUUGAGUGUUUUAGUAGCUUCCAUUAUUAUGUGGGCGAUUAAUUUACUCGAUGGCACUUAUCCAACAAUGUUUGGUUCGGGUCUUAUCGUGGCAUGGAUUUACUUGCGUUUUUAUCAAUGGCAUCCAAAUGGACGUGGCGACAGUUCAGAAAGUUUUACAUUUGCCAGUUUCUUCCCCAAUGUGAUGCAACCAGUUAUAGGCAUUUUGGUAAAUCCAAUUUAUAUAUGCUGUUUGAAAUUGGGCGUCGUAAAAACGCCAGCACCGCCACGAUCAUCCUCACUUACCGGUAGCUUGUCGUCGGUCUCUAUACAAAUACCCGGCGCAGAUGCGCAUGAUGUAGAGCGAAGAAGACAAAUUGCAUUGAAAGCAUUGAGCGAUCGCUUAAAAUUUACUGAUGCAGCGCGAAACAGUCAAUUGCCUAAGUCCUUCCCAAAAGUUAGCAGCGGUGUUGCGCCAAUGUCGGGCCAUCAUCAUAAACAUCAACAUCACGGACAUCAUCAUGGACAUGGACACAGUCAUGGCCAUGGUCACCACAGUCACACACAUGCACAAGGACAUGUAGCAGAACAUGUCAGCCCAGAGGCGUUAAUGAAUCCAUCUUUUAUGGGGAAAUCACACCACAAUAUUAACAAUAUGAAUGCACCAAUAACGACGGCGCGUGCAGAACCACGCAUGAUAAGUACAAUGAGUACGAUAGCGAUACCAAUGCCAGCACCACCACCACCCUCAUCGUCGGUAAGAAGUGAUUUGGAUACGAGUACAGGUGCGUCGUCGACAGCAAUUAGUGAUGCUUUAAUUGAUCUGAGUGCUGCGGCUGAGCAGUAGUUGUAGUAACUGAAUAGACGUUAUGACGUAGUUUGGUAUUUUCAUUUACGCGGAUAAUUAUAUAUAUUUAUAUAUGCUGUAUGUACAUAUUUGUAUACACACGAAUAAGACACACCAUAAAACUGAAUUCGCACUGAAGAGCGAUGGUAAAUUCUUAAUGGGAUGGUGUAUGUAUGUGAAUAAAUGAAUGAAGAAGAGUUUUACAUUGUAAAAAAUGAAACGAUUUAAUAUCGUGUGGUAGUAAGAAAAAAAAUUCAAUCAGUUGUAUGUAUUUACAAGAAAUCCUUCGAAAGUGAUCUAAUAUAAUGGACUUCUCAAGAAACAUUAAACCCUUGCAAUGUAUGUAUGUAGGUUGUCUUUUCAAUUUACUUAAAAUAAGAAGCGUACAAUCAGGAUAUGUAUUUUUUUCUACUUUAAAGUGCAUUCAGCUACUAAAUCUUGUUAUAUGUAUAUUAAAAAUUGCCCUUAAAUUUCUUUGCGAAUUCAUCGUUAUUUAUGUUCUUGCAAAAGCAAAUGCACGAGUAUGCAGCAUCAAGAAAUAAAAAUAAAAUACCGUAAAAGGCUGAAGUUCCUUUUAGAUAAUCAGAUUAUAAAUUAGAAAAAAUAUAAUUUUUGUGUAGUAAAUUAACAAGUAAAAUGUGUGUAAUUUUGCUAUUUGUUUUAAAUAUUAUUAACAUAUUUCAAACACGAUUACAACAAGUGUAUUUUAUAGGACAGAAAAUCAUACAUACAUAUGUAUAUCGCACAGUUACUUCCAUAAAAAGCAUUUCGAAAAACCACAAUACCACAUUUAAACCCACAAUUAAACAAGUAUAGCAAUCUGAAUUGCAAUAUAUGUAUGUAUAUUUCUAAAAUUGGAUCGGUGCAUUGAAAAAGAAAUAUUUAAAUUAAAAGUUCGAUUAACGAGCACUUAAAAA